AUGGCGGCUACUGGUGCGGCCUACUGGCGGGCGCGACUGGCGGAUCCGUGGGCCAAGUCUGUGGUUCUCACUUUAGAUGGGAGCGCCUACCACAGCCUAUUUACACUCUACGUUCUCAAAGAUCUGAUGGACAGGAUACGUUGGGUCGAGGAAAAUGAGAUGUUGACUAGAGCGUCGACCAGUGCUGAUUCGCCUGGGAUUUUCGAAGAAUCCUGUGGGGAGGGAUUCAAGAGGAUAAAGCAGACCUGGCCCAAAGUUGCUCAGCUGAAGCACCAGGAGUCGUCUUCCAUAUAUCUGCCAUGCCAUUAUUUUGACUAUAUCGGCAGCACGUCGACAAGCAGUCUCGCGGCACUGUUGCUGGGGAGGCUUCGCAUGAGUGCAGAGGGCGCCCUUGCUUGCUAUGAGAUAUUCCUACCAUGGAUAUACGAACUUCACCGACCUUCGCGCAUGUCUAGGGUGAAAGAUUUGCUUGACGUGGACGAGAUGAAAGAAAGCCAGGUCACCGAACUCGAUAGACUCCUCGAAGAUUUAUCCCGCCAGUCUUUGGAGUCUGACAAGUUCCGGUGUAAAACCGUUGUGUGUUCGAUGGCUAAGUCUGCGUCCACAGGAUGGUGCGGCAGUGCGCCACACCUCUUCCGCUCCUAUCAUUCUGAGAUACACACAUGGUUCGAAGCCGACAUCUCAAACCUUAGCAUCCGUGCAGUAACAGAGGCUGUGGCCUGCAACCCAUUCGACACUACGUGGACACAAGUCGGAGACACCAAAUUCUGUGACGUGGGCUUUAGAUUGCCCAAUCCCACAUGGCUCAUCGUCAGGGACAUCCGAACAGACAUUGCGAUCAAACAGGAGGCGGCCAAGGAGGUUGGCAUCGUGGUGAGCAUUGGUAUCCAAUCUGCCGGAACAGACCGCCCGAAAGACAGCGUGGCGAGGCAACAUCUUCCUUCACGGUCCAACGCGGGCUUGAACAAGGCCUUGAAAGAGACGGUUAACGAAGUCCACGAAUCCAUGAAGCAGUUGAGUACCCAGCUCGCUGAUCUCCAGUACUACCGGCUCGGCCCUGAUCUGGAUCUCGGCGAGAUACCCGACGAGUUGUCAGACACUUCGAGUCCCGAGAAGCUUCGCCACGCCUUUGAAGAACAAGCCCGGAAGUUCCUCAGCAACGAGGAGACCAAAACUGAGCUCGACCGGUGUGCCAGAGCCUUGGUGAACCUAAGGAGGUGGCGCUGUCGGCGGCUAGAAUGGGAACGAUUUGCCUUUGGCUGGACGUAUACGUGCCGCAGAUGCCCAAAGGAGCACCCAGUCGUCGUCAAAAGCAGAGCAGAACUAGCUUAUCACCUGUUCGCUGCUCAUGAUUUUAUACUAGACCCGCCGUACGACGAAGAGGUUAACAAGCUAGUGGAGCAAGGGAGGAGUCACAGUGAUUGA